UUUUUAAAACUUUUUUGAUUUCAUCUUGGUGAACAUCUCAAUACGCAACUUUGCCCCAUUUUUUGCUGUCAAUGGGCAUCUAUCCUAAAAUCCAAGUAGUACAAGAUAGUUUAAUAGCCGUAAAAAACUCACUGCAACGAACAAGGAAGCGGUAGUAAUGGCCCUUUAUAAAAGAAAAUAUAUAAAGGUGGGCUUCGCUGUGCCGGUCAAGCUUAAUCACGUGACUUAAAGUUUAUUUGGUAGGUAUGAACUGUAUAUUAUGACGUAAGUUUUAUAUUCAAAAUACCCAAUUAUACAUACACCCAAACUACUAGCUAAAUCAUACUAUUUAUUCUAUGAUAAUCAAAGAUAUCUUUAACCCAUUGUUAUACAAAGUCGCCGAAUCAACUAGAAAGAAAUCCCUAAAAACACAAGUACAUUCAUAAAUUAACCGACGAUUAAGGAUAUCUAAAAACGUUUUUAAAUACAGGAACACCGCGUAUUUUUUUCAGUUCAAUGUGACGGUGUUACUGGUUAAGACCUCGGGAUAGAACAUCAUCAAGAACGUCCACCGUAGACAUGUUGUUCUGGAUUAUACUCCUUCUGGCUUCAAGCUUGACUUCCGGCGCAAGAAUUCUCGGUGUUUUUAACAUCCCUUCUUACAGCCAUCACGUUGUGUACGCACCUUUGUAUAAGGAACUAUCAAGAAGAGGUCAUGAAGUGGUUGUGAUCACCACAAACCCCUUGAACGAUUCUUCGUUAACAAACCUAACAGAAAUCGACAUCAGUUACCUGUAUCGACCCGUCGCGGUUCUGACCAAACUACAAACCGAUAAAUACAUGGAAUUUAUUACUACAAUGUUUGCUUACGGAAUAUCCUUGUUUGAAGAGGUCAUGGUGAAUGAAGAAGUAAAAAAACUAGUGGACAAUCCUAAAGAGCACUUUGAUUUGGUUAUAGUUGAGGACCAGCCCUUACUAUACUCUUUUGGAAAAAGAUUCAAUGCUCCAGUGAUAGGAAUUUUGAGUGUGGACACCACUAUGAGUACUCAUUCCAGUUUAGGAAACCCGAUUCAUCCAGCUUUGUACACUGACUGUCUAAUGGAUUACAGCGAGAAGUUAUCCAUAUGGAAGAAGAUCAGAUACACUUUCAAUACCAUUUGGUUCAAAUUGUUAGAGAAUUUUAUAGCCAAGCCCGCUGUCAAUCAGGUUGUGACGAAGUAUUUUGGGAAACAUUUCAAGUCGUUUCACGAUUUCGGGAAGCCCAGCAUGCUCAUGAUCAGUGUCAAUCCUUUUUUUCAUCCUAACAGACCCUUGACGCCGCAGACUAUACCGAUUCCUUUCAUGCACGUGAAGCAGCCCAAACCAUUGCCAAAGGAUUUAGCAAUAAUACUGGACAACUCUACCCAAGGCGCAAUUUACCUAAGCUUAGGAUCCAACGUGAAAAGUGCACAUUUACCCGCGCAUUUGCAAAAAGCCAUUAUAGGAGCUAUUUCAGAACUACCGUACACAGUGCUGUGGAAGUGGGAGGGUAAAAACAUAUCGAGUUUGGGAAAAAACGUAAUCACCAGAAAAUGGUUUCCUCAACAAGACCUAUUGGCACAUCCAAACAUAAAAGCAUUUGUCUUCCAAGGAGGUCUGCAGUCUUCUGAAGAAGCAAUAUUGAGAGGGAAACCUAUGGUGGGAUUGCCUUUUAUAUCUGAACAGCAUAGGAAUGUGAAAAUUCUAGAAAGCCUGGGCAUUGCCAUUGAAAUUGAACCUCUGGCCAUGACCAAAGACAGUUUGAAACAUGCCAUUAUCGAAGUGGCUGAGAAUCAAAAAUACACUCAGAAGAUCCAGAAACUUAAAUUUAUCGCUGAAGAUGAACCGAUGAGCAGUCUGGAUAAAGCCGUUUAUUGGUCAGAAUACGUCAUCAGGCAUAAUGGAACAGAGCACUUAAAAAGUUUAGCAGCAGACAUGCCCCUAUACGAAUAUUUAUUGCUAGACGUUAUAUUGGUGGUUUCAAUGUGUCUGGCUUUGGGUGGAUUUUUAACAUAUAAAAUUUUAAAGCUUCUCUAUAGAAAAAUAAUAAGUCUUUAUUUAAACAAUGUAAACAAAAUAAAGAUUUCCUGAUAAUAUUUAUCAUAUUUUGUAUUUAUAACUGUGUCUCUUUUAUUUUGUUUUAUUUCUAUUUUUCGAGAUCUCCGAUAGAGCCGGCACUGAUUAUACAACCAGCAAUACGUAGAAUCCUAACAAAAUGAUUUAAAAUCUGAAAAUCUAAUUUAGCCCUUAUGAAUACUAUAGUUAAAGACCUUAUUCGGUUAUUUUAAGACGCGCAAGAUUUAUUUACCCUCUUUUAAAUAUAUUUAAAUAAAAUUCAAGAAAAAUAUCUUCGUCAUAAUUUUAAUUGAUUACUUUUGUACACUUUUGUGUUAUAAAUAUAGUUUUGUCCACAACAAGAUUAUAUAAUAAUUUACAUCUGAUUUACAUAUAUACAUAAUAAACGAUAUGAUCUAUGAUAGAUAAAUAGGUAUACAACGUUAAAAAUAAUAAAUAAUCUUUGAA